GCUCCCUCGUGGUGUGAGGGCGGUGAUGUUGUGUGAGGGCGGUGAUGUUUUUCCUCCCACCCACUUUUGAGUUCCCCCCUCCCCCCUCGCGCGCUCUCUAGCUCUCGCCACAACCUGCGAGCCCCAGACCUCCGAGGAGCGCCCUGGGGAGUUCGGAGCGCUUGCACGCGUGGAAGACGGAGCAGGCCAGUGGCCAGGUGCUUGAACACACCGGGGCCUGACAGUUUUGAGAGGCCUCUUGCAAUGACCAACAUGAGAAAAAAGUGGAAAGUGGGGGGCACGAAGUACAUCUUUUCCUUGUUGCUGUUCUUUCUUUUCCUAGAAGGAAGCAAAACAGAGCAAGUAAAACAUUCAGAGACAUAUUGUGUGUUUCAAGACAAGAAGUACAGAGUGGGUGAGAGAUGGCAUCCUUACCUGGAACCUUAUGGGUUGGUUUACUGUGUGAACUGCAUCUGCUCAGAGAAUGGGAAUGUGCUUUGCAGCCGAGUCAGAUGUCCAAGCCUUCAUUGCCUCUCCCCCGUGCAUAUUCCACAUCUGUGCUGCCCGCGGUGCCCAGAAGACUCCUUACCCCCAGCAAACAGUAAGGUGACCAGCAAGUCGUGUGAAUACAACGGGACCACUUACCAACAUGGUGAGCUGUUCAUGGCUGAAGGGCUCUUUCAGAACCGGCAACCCAAUCAGUGCACCCAGUGCAGCUGUUCGGAGGGAAAUGUGUACUGUGGUCUCAAGACUUGUCCCAAGUUGACCUGUGCGUUCCCAAUCUCUGUUCCGGAUUCCUGCUGCCGGGUGUGCAGAGGGGAUGGAGAAUUGUCGUGGGAACAUUCUGAUGGUGAUAUCUUCCGGCAACCUGCCAACAGAGAAGCAAGACAUUCUUACCACCGCUCUCACUAUGACCCCCCACCAAGCCGACAGGCUGGAGGUCUACCCCGAUUUCCUGGAGCCAGAAGUCACCGAGGAGCUCUCAUGGAUUCCCAGCAAGCAUCGGGCACCAUUGUGCAGAUUGUCAUCAACAACAAACACAAACAUGGACAAGUGUGUGUUUCCAAUGGAAAGACCUACUCCCAUGGCGAGUCCUGGCACCCCAAUCUCCGGGCAUUUGGCAUUGUGGAGUGUGUGCUGUGCACGUGUAACGUCACCAAGCAAGAGUGUAAGAAAAUCCAUUGCCCCAACCGGUACCCCUGCAAGUAUCCUCAAAAAAUAGAUGGAAAAUGCUGCAAGGUGUGUCCAGGUAAAAAGGCAAAAGUUCCAGAAGAACUUCCUGGCCAAAGCUUUGACAGCAAGGGCUACUUUUGUGGAGAAGAAACCAUGCCCGUGUAUGAGUCUGUGUACAUGGAGGAUGGGGAGACCACCAGAAAAAUUGCUCUGGAGACAGAGAGACCACCUCAGGUGGAGGUGCAUGUUUGGACGAUUCGAAAGGGCAUCCUUCAGCACUUCCAUAUUGAGAAGAUCUCCAAGAGAAUGUUUGAGGAACUCCAUCACUUCAAGCUGGUGACCAGGACAACGCUGAGCCAGUGGAAGAUCUUCACUGAAGGAGAAGCUCAGAUCAGCCAGAUGUGUUCAAGUCGUGUGUGCAGAACAGAGCUUGAAGAUUUGGUCAAGGUUUUGUACCUGGAAAGGUCUGAAAAGGGCCACUGUUAGAUGAGAGAGGCAGUAUUGGAUAGGAUAGAGCAAGAAAAAUCAAGCUGCAGCUGGACUGCAGGCUUAUUUUGCUUAAGUCAACAGUGCCCUAAAACCCCAAACUCAAAUGCAGUUCAUUAUUCACGUCAUGCAUAGCAUAACUUGCUCCUUUAUGUGGAGUGGUGUGUCAGUCCUGAAACAUCUCCUCCAUAGAGACUGGGAGAGUCUUGAAUUAUUUGUGGGGUGAAGAGGGAUAGAACACCACAGCACUUCUCUAAGUUUCUGGGAGAAUCACAUUUCUUUACAGGUUAAAGAGUAAACAAAACCGUAGGGUUUCUAUCUAGAAAGUUAUUCCAGUGAAAGAAAGAGGAGAGAAUGCUUAGUGGGAGUUCUGUAGUACAGAGAAAAUAUUUGUAUGAAAUCAUACUCUUUGAAUAUUAGAAUGUCUUGUGUUUUAAAGAAAAAAUUAACUCCCCGUCUUCACACACACACAGAUACACAUGCACACGCGCACACACACACACAGAUACCACACUAAACUGCAGUCUUCAUUCUGAGGCAAAGCCAGCAUGGACUCUCCCCCUCCUUUCCCUUGCCUGGCUCCCAGGUAGCUUUGAAGUUGUGGGUACCCAAUAAGAUAAAGAAGGAAUUGUGAGCAGAAGGCUCUGCCCUUGGAUCAGUGGUGUUGUUGCUCAAGUCACCAACUCUGGUGGAAGGCUGAAGAAUAAAAACACUAUUUCAUGGUCACAUUCCCUUUGAAGCAAUAAUUAACAUUUCCCCAAUGAAACUGCUUCUCUUUUCUCCCUGAACACGUGGGGGCCCCCAUAAAAAAGUUAGAACUGGGUAAAAUCUUCAGAAAUUGAAUCCAUGUAAAACAAAAUAAUUGUUGAAGAAAAUGGUUGGUCAAAGUCAACAAGGCAGCCCUAUGUGUUUUUGAGUCAAUAGAAGUUACCAACAAAUAGUUCAACACUUGCUAAUUCCCUUGAUGCUGUAGUUCAGUAGUCCAAAAAUUAAGUUAAGUGAUGAAAUUCUAGAAGCUCCUUAACAAGGCAGUUUUCCUUCUCCAGUUACAGGAGCUGAUUUUUGACAUUGCAGAGAGGUUCAGUCCUCCCGCAUUUCUGAAUGCUGCCUCUUCAGUUAGGAGAACUACUGCUCCUUUGGGGAAAUGGAAAUUCUGAUAAGGAUCUUUGUUCUAAACCUUCUUACCACUCUCCUAUCAUCCACCAAGCCUGGAUCUGAAUCGUGAAUCCUAAACAAGGCUGCUCUGAAAAAUCUAUAUUUGCAGCUCAAUCCCAGAAGUAGAAGUUCUCCAUUCUGGGAUCUGGCUUUAGAUAUCAUUUUUGUGACAAAACUCUCAAUUCUCCACAAGGAUCUGAAGCUUGCCUCCUAGAUUUAUCCCAUCUGAGGAGCAUAAAUGAACUCUGAUGAGUACCCAGAAAUAUUAGGGGCCCAGAAAUCCUGUAUUCCCCACUCCAUGACCAUAGGGAAGAGGAACACUGGUUUCCUUACAGCAUUUGACACCAAUAGGGAAAACUGUAAAAGGCCCAGUCUUCAUGACAACCUGGUGUAAAGGAGUCUGUUCUCCUAAAGGAGACAUACGGGCACCUCGUGGCCAGGCUUUCAUGGCGGAUAAGCCUCAUACCAACCCUUCCUUAAUAUUCUCUGAGGGAAAGGGAGGUAGGACAUCCAGAGCUGAAAGGCCACAGAGCAUUGUUGCGGAGGAGGGGGACCAGGGUGUGCGGCAGCUGCUGCCUCCCUCCCAGAGGUGGCAGUAUUUCCAUAGCGUGGAAACAAGUCACUGGAUCCUAAGCUAAGUGGUGAUUUCCCCUUCUGGAUGACUCACCCCAAAGCUUUCCCACCCAGGUGUUGUCUGAAAGCUCAACCAUAAGGGAACACCCAGAGAGCUUCCCUAGAUAGACUUCUGCCCCGGGGUGCUGGGAAACACCUUUACAAAGUGCCGUGUGAAGCAUGAGCUGGGGGAGCUGUGCUGGGCCAAUGUCGAAAGCCAGCAGUCGGUGUUGUGUAGGCUGUGGGAAGCGGGGAGAAGAGGCCGAGACACCUGCAGUUAGAGGAAUGGAUGUGGUUCUUCUUGUAUAUUUAUUUGUAUCAUAAACACUUGGAACAACAAAGACCAUAAACACCACUUAGCAUUUGUAGGCAUUUCAUAGUUAACUCGUGUACACAAGUAAGAAUAUCAUAACAGUAUUAGCCCUUUACUUUUCUCAUGGGACAUGUACCUAAAUAGGGUACUUAUUUAUGUAGUUGCUGUAUUUCUGGAUUUUUAAAUUAAUAAAAAGGUGAAUUUUGAAAAUCA